AUGGAUGAGGCCUAUGGAGAUUCAGCUGACUUAACAUGGCUUCGAAAAGGACCGGCCGAGAGUUGGACCGAGGAGGUAAUUUGUCCCGUCUGCCUGGAUUUCUUCACCGAUCCGGUUAUACUGGAGUGUGGACACAACUUCUGUCGCUCUUGUAUCACACGGUGUUGGGAAAGGGAGCAGAAAAACUUCUGCCCGGAAUGUCGAGAGGAGUUUGCUGACCGCACCCUCAGGGUGAAUCGGGCCUUAGCAAAUCUGGCUGAAAAAGCUCGAAAUCUAAACCUGAAUCCGAAAGGGAAGGAAAGUAAACUUCACUGCGAGGAACAUGAGGAAGAACUGAAGCUGUUUUGUGAAACGGACAAGACACUGAUCUGUGUGAUCUGUGCAGCUGCGCAGGAACACAGAGAGCAUCGAUUUGUGCUGAUUAAAGAGGCUGUUAAAAACUAUAAGGAUCAGCUAAAAUCUUCCUUAGACUCUCUCACAAAAAAGAAAUCAGACUUCCAGGAAAAGGAGCAGCAACAGAAAGAGAAGAUUUCCGGAGUUCGGGAACAGUCACACAGUGUUCAGUCCCACAUCACAUCCCAGUUUGCUGAACUGCGCCAGAUUAUCACUGAGAAAGAGCAGAGCUUACUCAGGGAUCUCAGGGAAGAAGAGAAGAGGAUUCUCAACCCAAUGGAGAAAAAUCUUCUAGCUCUUCAAGAGAAUAUAAGGAGUAUUCAGGAGGAAAUCACUAAGUUAAAGGAACAGAUGGAUCAGAAAGCUGGUGUGAUAUUUCUCAAGGAGGAAGCUCGUCGGAACAGGAGGAUUAAUGACGAUGUCCAGGAAUUGUCAGUGACAGAUGAGACCCUACCGGUUGAAAACUUCGAUCACCCCUAUUUGUUGAACACAGUGCUGAGAGAAACGCUUGAUGCUAUUAAUCGAGUCUCUGUCACCCUGGAUCUGGAAACGGCGCAUCCGUAUCUGGAGGUGUCUGAGGAUCGGAAGAGUGUGAGACGGACCGGGACCCGGAGGAAUCUCCCUGACACCGGGAAGAGAUUCACAGUCUGGGCUUGUGUGCUGGGAUCGGAGGGAUUCACAUCGGGGAGACAUUACUGGGAGGUGGAGGUGACGGGGAUUCGGCUCUGGUGUCUGGGAGUCGCCGCAGAGUCUGUGGAGAGGAAGAGACGGGUCAGACUGAGUCCGGAGACCGGAUUCUGGGUCAUCGGGCGGGAUUAUGACGUGUUACAUCGGGAUUGUGACGUGUCCGGUCUCCCCUCCCCCGAGUCCCGUCUCGCUGCCGGUCCCAUCCCCGGGAGGGUGGGAGUUUAUCUCAGUUACGAGUCCGGGACAGUUUCAUUUUACAACGCGGAGACCAAGUCCCAUCUUCACACCUUCACUGGGAAUAAAUUCACGGGGAAACUUUAUCCUCUCUUCCGGACCUGGGAUGUGAACCAGUGGCUGAGAAUCUGCUCCGGUUCCGCUCCGGGUCUGUAAACGGGUCGGGUCCCUGGACCGGCGUCAGGAGUAAAGUCUCUGUAAAUAUAAAUGUGCGGAGAGUGCAGCUAAAUACGUGGCUCAGGAGAUGGUGCAGGAGGGAGGGCUUUAUGUUUCUGGACAAUUGGGCUUUGCUCCAGGGAAGGUGGGGCCUGUUCCGACAGGACG